AUGGCAUCUGCCUCGCUGCCGCCAACGGCGGGGCCUUCUGCCAGCAAUUCCUCGAACUUUCGAACGAUGAUGCCCGAGAGUAUGCCUGCACAGGGGCCUCCCAGCUCUUUGUUCCGCACCACCCUCCCCGACUCGAUGCCCUCACCCGGGCACCUACAAGGCCGGAGCCCCAGCGGCGCAAGCUUUCCCUCACAGGGCCCCAGCCCUUUUGCUUCCAAUCCUUGUGCUUCCUUCCAUUCCCGGGGCCCGCCAUCACCGGGACCAGGGCCCAGCCCCAUGCAAUCGCAGGGCCCCUUCUCGAGCCUGCAAGGCCCACCCUUCCAGACCAUGCCCCCACAGAAUCCCAUGGCCUCCCUGGGCCCCGGAUCCUUACCGCCGGGCCCAAAUGGCUCCCUGGGGCCCAUGGGUGUCAGCAUGCCGGCGCCGGGGGCGGAUAGCGUCCUUCCCAAGGAGUGCCUAGUGGUGGUUUCCAAGCUGCUCGAUGUGCCGGUCGAGACUGGCAUCUUUGGUGCUGGUGCGAAGACUUACUUCCUGCGGGUUCUGGAUCAUAAGAGCAGCGAGCUUGUCUCCAGUGAUGACAUACAAGGCAUGGACGACUUCAACUUGGGAAAUGCCCCAACCCAGACUUUUGCCAUUCCGCCCGACCUCGGCUCAAUGAGGGCGAAGACGACCUCUCGGACAAUCCACGUGGAGGUCUCAUUCUCCGGCGUCAUGGGAGGAAGCAUUAUUGGGGCGUGCCAGAUCAAUCGAAUGGACCCACGCUCGAAGCAGGCUUGGCCCUACGAGAUAUGUAGGGACGGCGCGGUGGUGUGCGGAAUUGAGCUCCGCAUCCUAGAGGAUCCCGACAUGAGUCAGCUGCCGACCCCGGGUGCCGCCAACGCUUCUGGCAAGGCCACAGGCUCUAUCAUGGAUUCCAUGGGUCUGGGCAGGAUGGUUGGAUCGCAGUACUUGACCGACAACGAGCUGGACGAUGUACACCACGGUGUGAGCAGCAUGCUCGAACUUCAUGGAGCCAAGGACCUGCCGGCUCCACGCACGCGGGGCAUGAAAGAUGUGGUGGUCACCGUCAUGACCGACUCCGGCCGCGAGUUGCGGAAGCUCGGGCUCUUUGAGUCGCAGGAGCAGAUCGGUCGUCAGCUCACCUCUGUCGACUUUCAGCACACACGCACCUUCGUCCAGGCGCCGCUUCGUUUCGGAGGAGACGCUCAAGAGGGCACGCAGUACAUCAAGGUGGCCCUGUCCUAUGGCAAGAGAUCUGGUUCCUCCACCACAGCGGAGCUCAUCGGCGUCACAGAUGCAAUCAAAGUCUCCUGGAAACCGCUGGUGAAGCAGUACAAGGAGAUCAAGAACCAAGAGGGGCGUGUCCUUGGUGGCAUCUACCUGUCCCACCGUUUGGUCACCGAGGCGGAGUCAUUGGGCGAGCGUCCGGACGAGGAUGCCAUGAAGCUCGGGCGCCGGCCGCAGAUGGGACCGCCGCUG